AUGUUGGUAGGAGCGAGGGAAGCGCCUGUUGCCACUGCUCGAGCCUUUGUUCUUGUUUUCAACCCUGAUGAUCGGGCCUGGAUUCCAAGCGGCGGUGUUCGUGCCGUUUCGUGGGUUCAAAUACUCCAACAAAAAGGGCUUGAGUGCUUCCGCAUUGUUGGCUGGCGUCAACCUGAUAACCAGAUUGUGGUGAAUUCCGUAUUGAAGGCCGGAUUGGAGUAUCAAUCUCACGGCCAGUUUCAGGAAUGGCGCGACCCAAUUAGUUUACGGGUAUACGGACUACAUUUCCCCGAUCGAGAAGAUGCUCAAGCAUUCGUGAAAACAAUGAACAUUGUUCUAACUAAACUGGAUGCGUGCAUGAUAACGGGUGAGGAGAAAGCUGGAGAUCAUAAACGCGGUACCAUUGAAACUCAUAACGGUCGCACUGGCAACGCGCAUCAAACUGCCACCGUGUACGGAGGACCAAAACGACAACCGGAAUACGCACAACCUUACGGGUCGGCGGGGUCUUUAAAGAACGAGGCGAACAGGUCUUCACCAGUUCCACCAACGAACAAUGCUUCGUCGAAGAACGGUUGCACAAUCCUUGUCACACCGGUAUCUCAAGCAAACAGUAUUUCUUCACAUCGUGCCCCAGACGUAUCCGCAGCAGUGGAUUGCCCGGGCGAGUUGCACAUAUCAGAUGAUACGGGGUCAAUGCAUGCCAAAUUUCAAAAACAACAGUUGGACCUUUUGUUCGUUGGUCGUAGCUACUCUGAUCGUCUGAUCGAAUGGCACAUCCGUAAUCGUAAAACUGAAGAAGUGCGGUUUCCUCCGAACACUCAAGCCCUGCCCUUGAUGCUGAUAUGGUACUUGAAAACAUCAUCUAUUCUCCGUCCACCGGACUUCGGACACGAGGUUUGA